UUUUUUUAAGCAAUCACAACGACGCUGGUCCUGUGCUGUAUAGAAGUACAUAAAUAUUCACGUCAGAACUGACUGAACUAGUUUGAAUUUUACUCCGACUCCAGGUAAAUAGCGAAGCGGACGGAUCCUAUAUUCGGGUGAGAACGCUAUUAAUCAAGAUGUCUAACCUCACUCCGGCAGAGAGAAAGAACUGUGAAGAGUGCUUUAAGAAAGCGGACAAAAGCGGUGACGGGAAACUGUCUAUCCAGGAGAUGGUGGGGUUGAUCCGCUCCCUGGGGUGGUCCGAGAAACAGUUCCCAGACAAGGAUAUCUGUGACUGGUUUCUGGAGGUUGACACGGACAAAAGUCAUUCAGUCGACUUGAAUGAAUUCCUCACUGUCUGCUCAAAGCGACCACGCACGGAGAUAAAUGAAGCCAACCUACGACGCACCUUUAAAGAGUUUGACAAGGACGGCAGUGGGAAUGUGUCCGCCAGCGAGUUGAAGGCUGCUCUGGCCAAAUGCGAGAUCAAAUUGUCUGACGCAGAGGUAGACCAGAUGAUCAAGGCUGUAGACACCUCUGGAGACGGCCAAGUCAGCGUGGAGGAAUUUCUGGCCGUAUUUAAAAAAGAUUGAAAUCGUCACUAGGCCAAAACUAUAAGACACUUGGUACACUCUGGCAGUUGCUCAGCAUGCAAGCUUAGGUACACCUAAAGCGUGUUUCAAGGGAGAUAACUAUGACAAACUUCCAGAGUCUUAUGUUACAUUUUUACAACAGGAAAAAGUAUUCACAAUGCAGACUUGCUAAUAAAAGAAAAGAACAACGUUUUGCGUUUGUAGUGUGUGUUGUGUAUGUCGUUGUGUAUGCUGUAGUGUUUGUUGUAAUGUAUGUUGUAAUGUAUGUUGUAAUGUAUGUUAUUGUGUAUGUUGUUGUUGAGCACACGAAGAUAGUAAUGGUGUCUUGUCUGAAGGAAAACAACGGCUCCAGGGCAACUUGCACUAAAUAGUACGCACGUGUGCAGAAAAGCGUGGUCUUCGUCUGAAACAACUGCAAACGUAAAUGUAUUUGCUAUAAUAGCCUUUAUCCGCUUAAUACCAUGGAACAAUUACAUCGAUUGAUUUUCCAUUCUGUUCUUUAGGCACAGUGUUAGCUUUAAUUGCUCGUUGCCAUGACAGCAAGUAAACAAUACUUACCCAGUAUCACCAUGGA